AAAAAGCCUCUCAUCUCACUUCCAACGUGUCAUGCAAUGACUGGCAGAGAUCUCAUAACUCAUUCCACCUCACCACCAUUUCAUCAUUCAAAGUGCACCUUCCAAAGCUAAGGGUCUCUGAGCCUUGUUGUCAUCCAAUCAAUUCCAACAAAAAUCCUCCAUUGUUGAUGGUUCAAGCCUUUCCAUCAUACAUUUGACACCCAUCUCUUUGCAUAAAAAUUAUGCAAAUGAGGACCCUCAAUGCAGCAACUCCAAGUUUGACACCUCUCUCGGUUCUUUCUGAGACAAGAACCGAGGCCAGAAAAGCACCAUUGCUCCCCAUUGCUUCACCACUCAAACUACCCAACUCCCCAGCUUUUAUUAAGACCCAACCAGCUUUGCACCAGUGUUUGUCAAGAACCUUGCAUGGUGGUUUACUGCUACUGUCAUCACUUCUCCCCAAUGGAUUCGCUAAAGCCUUGUCAUACGAGGAAGCCCUACAGCAGACGACGGGAUCCUCCUCGUCUGUUGAUUUUGACCCAAAUGGGAUCCUUGAUACCGUCGUCAGUUUUGCAACUGAGAAUCCCACGGUUGUAGCUGGUGGCACCGUUGCUUUAGCAGUUCCUUUGAUUUUGUCUCAGCUGUUAAAGAAUCCAAAGCCAUGGGGAGUUGAAUCUGCAAGGAGUGCUUACGCCAAGCUAGGUGACGAUGCCACUGCUCAGUUGCUGGACAUAAGGCCUCUCAAGGAGUCUAGAGAUGUUGGUAGCCCUGACAUUAAGGGAUUUAGGAAGAAACCGGUGUCAAUUGCCUACAAUGGUGAAGAUAAACCAGUGUUCUUGACAAAACUGUCUUUGAAAUUCAAGGAACCUGAAAAUACUACCUUAUUCAUUAUGGACAAAUUUGAUGGGAAUUCUGAACUGGUUGCGGAGUUGGUCACUGCAAAUGGAUUCAAAGCUGCUUAUGCAGUCAAAGAUGGUGCUGAAGGACCACGGGGAUGGGUGAACAGUGGUCUUCCCUGGAUACAACCAAAGAAAGGUCUUGACCUUAGCAAUUUGACAGAAGCGUUCGCCGAGGCCUUCGGAGGGGGAUCAGAUGGCCUUUCUGUUACUGUAGGGAUUGCUGCAGCUGCAGGGUUAGGCCUUUUGGCUUUUUCAGAGAUAGAAACGAUCCUUCAACUUUUAGGCUCAGCUGCUAUUGUGCAGCUUGUAAGCAAGAAAUUCCUGUAUGCAGAGAACCGAAAGCAAACACUUAAACAAGUUGAUGAAUUCUUAAACACGAAGGUGGCUCCUACGGAACUUGUCGAUGAUGUAAAGCAAAUUGGAGCAGCCCUUUUACCAACAACUACCACUAGCAAGGCUCUUCCUGCACCUACGGAGGCAAAACCUGAACCCAAAGUCGAAGCAGUGGCAGAAGCCCCUCCUCAAACAAAUUCAGUUCCCGAAACAGUACCCAAGGCAGUUGGAAUCACUGGAUUUUCAAGACCACUUUCACCCUAUGCUUCUUAUCCAGAUUUGAAGCCUCCAACAUCGCCUACUCCAUCACAGCCCGCCACUAGCAAAGCUAUUCAUUCAUCUCCAGAGGCAAAACCGGAGCCAAAAGUCGAAGCAGCAGCAGAAACCCCUUCUCUAAUUAAUUCAGUUCCCAAAACAGAUGGAAACUCCGGAUAUCUUAAACCACUUUCACCAUAUCCUUCGUUUCAUGCACAAAGGAAAAAAAUGCUUACAUUUGGCAUUGUUUCCUUCCUUUAUGGUUGCAGUAUCCAGAUUUGAAGCCACCAACAUCUCCUACUCCAUCACAGCCCUAGUUUCAUGGUUUCAUUACACUGUGUCAGUUUCUUCGGCCAGCGAAGCAAUUGGUUGGUCGGGAAACUUUAAAGCUAUCAAGUAAGUUGUGUAAUCUACCCUCCUGUUAGAUGGUUUUCGAGCUUAUGCAACGAUUGUAUCGAAAAAUGAGAAUCUCCCAAAAGUCUGCUGCAAUCAUCUGUGUUAAUUCAUUUGGCUUUUUUGUACUUACUAGUUAUAUUAUAGAUCUUAUUUUAUAAUUUUGAAAGAACCCUUUUUAGCAUUUUGAGUCAACAUUUGAACGAAUAAUACGAUGCAAGCAUGUGAAGGUGUCAAGGCAUUGUCUUUUGUAGAUCAGAUGUGAAAAGAUACUUGCUUUAAUUACAUUGAUUUUGAAGAUUCAAGUAAAA